AACACCAGGGGUGUGGUGUCUUAGGCAAGGGUGGGUGCUGUGCGCCCUGCCGCCCACCAUAGGCAGGGCCUGGGAACCCGGGGAGAGGACUCUCCCCACCUCCAGCCUCCGGCAGUGUCCGCCAGGCAGGGCGGGGGCCAGCCCUGGUGUUGAGUAGCGGACCCCAGGGGGAUGACUAAGCCUUGGCUGCGAGCAGACUCGAGCAUGCCAAGUUAUAAGACGAUGAUAACUCGGCCCGAGCCUCUGGGGUCGUGGCCGUGGGCAGGCAGGGGCGAGGCGGGCGUCCGGAGGGCGGAUAAAAGGGGCCGCGCUGCGCCGGGGCCGCUUUCUCCGCGCGGUGCCUGCAGGGCUCCCAGAGAGUGGCAGCUCGGGAGGGGCCGACCGGGCGGUCAGACUGGCACCAGAGCGGCCACCGCGUCCAGGCCAGGCGGGCAGACCGACCCCCUCCGCACCUCGCGCGCGGCUGACGCAGGCAGGGCGCCCGGCCCCUCCUGGGGACCAUCCACCAUCAGGUGCCGGCUGGGGGCUGUAGGGACUGGACGGAAGCAGGCGGUGAGGACCGACGACGCGGGCAUGGCGGGGGCGGCCUGCGAGCCGGUGGCCAGGCCAAGCCUGACCUCCAUCUCGUCUGGGGAGCUGCGCAGCCUGUGGACCUGCGACUGCGAGCUGGCCCUGCUGCCGCUGGCGCAGCUGCUGCGCCUGCAGCCCGGUGCCUUCCAGCUACGCGGCGACCAGUUCGUGGUGGCCGGGCCCGGGGAGCCGGCGGCGGCGCGGCGGGGCUUCAACGUCUUCGGUGACGGCCUCGUGCGCCUCGACGGGCAGCUCUACCGCCUCAGCAGCUACAUCAAGAGGUAUGUGGAACUGACCAACUACUGUGAUUAUAAGGACUACAGGGAAACUAUAUUGAGCAGACCAAUGUUGUUCUUCAUUAAUGUACAGACCAAAAAAGACACCUCAAAAGAAAGGACAUACGCGUUUCUUGUAAACACAAGGCACCCCAAGAUAAGAAGACAGAUAGAGCAAGGGAUGGACAUGGUCAUCUCCUCAGUGAUUGGAGAAAGUUACCGGCUUCAGUUUAAUUUUCAAGAGGCAGUGAAGAAUUUCUUCCCCCCAGGAAAUGAAAUGGUUAAUGGAGAAAAUUUAAGCUUUGCAUAUGAAUUCAAAGCUGACGCAUUAUUUGAUUUCUUCUAUUGGUUUGGGCUCAGUAAUUCCGUUGUAAAAGUAAAUGGAAAAGUUCUGAAUUUGUCAAGUACAAGUCCAGAAAAGAAGGAGACGAUUAAGUUAUUUCUGGAAAAAAUGAGUGAGCCUUUAAUCCGAAGGAGCAGUUUCUCUGACCGAAAGUUCAGUGUAACUUCCAGAGGUUCAAUAGAUGACGUUUUUAACUGCAAUCUGUCACCCAGAUCAUCUCUGACAGAGCCUCUUUUGGCAGAAUUACCAUUUCCAAGUGUUCUGGAAUCUGAAGAGACACCCAACCAAUUUAUCUGAUUGGACUGAACAUUCUAGCAGUUGCUCCCAAACUCCAGGCCUGUGCUAGACUAUAGGCUGGGGGGAGGGUAGGAGGUGGGAGGCAGAUACUUUCACCUGCGUGUCAAUCUCCGGCUCCUCCAUGGCUUCUAUGGAGGACUCCUCUCUUCUGCUUCUGUGGAUGUGAUGCCCUGGCAGGCCCAGGGCAGCUGAUUCCCCUAAAGGUUAUGAUUACCAGGAUGGAAAGGCCUUGGUGCCAUGGCACUGGGUGGGGCUGGGGGAUAUUCUCUACUUUGAACACUUCUCCAAAGAGGCAGAAGGGCCACAGAGUUCUGCCACCCUGAACAUUUUUCUCAGUUCCCUGGGAGUUUUCGUGGCAGCCUUUGUGGGAGUGGUCUGACUGGCUGUUGACCCGGCAUGCUUCAUAAAUCAGGGUUUGGACCUCUGCUUGGAGCAUCCAACCCCUUGAACUCAAACCUAUCGAGCAAGGGGUUAGGAGUUCUGUUCUCUUGCCAACCUGGCUGGGCAAAAGCCUGUGCCAUCUUUCACUGGAAGGCAAAUAUGUUUUUCAUCCUGCCACAUGACACCUAUGAGAAAUGUUCACGGUGAGGUUCACUGGAGGAGUAGCCAGGUUGCUAGGACAGUAACCCUGCCACACACUGCCUGAAAUUGGAACUCCAUUGGCCUCCCUCUUAACUAAGUGACCCAUGUAGAAGGAAGCCAGGAGAUACGCUACCGAACAAUGACAGGGGAAGGAUAUUGGACAUGGCAGCGUCCUCCUUAUUGAAAACACAUUAUGUCACUUGGGAAUUUUAAAUAAGCUUUUAGCAAUCCUAACACAAAAAGCAAAAUAGAAGAAAGCUAUACCAUUACCAUAACACAUUUUUCAUCUCAUAGCUACAAUGGAAUUCUUGAAAAGGAAAAAAAAAUCCUAUCUACAUAUAAAAACCUGCAUGAAUGAAUCACUACAUAUGCUUAUAAUGAGGAAGAGUUAUGGGUCCUGAGUGUAAUUUUUUAUCUUUUCUUAAAAAGUUUCUGUAUUAUGCAUUUUGAUAACACUACUGAUGAUCCUUCCACUUAUAUUUGAAAUGUUAUGUACCACAUUUGCACAAUUAAAACUUUUCAUAGCAUUCAACCUAGAAUUGAUUAAAUUUAUGACUGAGGCUUCA